UCAACAUUCAUUCUUCUCCGUGUCUCAAAACACUCCCAAUAUUAUAUAUAUUCCUCUUCCAAAUUCCAUCACUACUACAAAGCAAAACAUGGCUAAGGUCAAGGUUGCCACCCUCUUCAUGAUACUCCUCCUCGUACUCUUCUCAACACUAAGCUACGCCGCUCGUCCAGAACCUGCUUUCCCCAACGCUUCUCCUGCAAAAACACAAGUGGAUAAUGUUGCGGAAGAAGACUGCCAAGGAGGUUCAGAUGAAGAGUGCUUGAUGAGAAGAACUCUUGUUGCUCAUACUGAUUACAUCUACACCCAGAAGCAGCAUCCUUGAGAUUUUCUUAUUUUAUAUAUAUAUAUAUAUAUAUAUAUAUAUAGUUCCAUUACAGUAAAUAUGUAUAAAUCAGUCUGUUGGUUUGGCAUCAAUCGAUUUCUGAUUUGUCUACAUCUGUUUCUUCUCCACUUUGUUAAUUAAGUAAAGUAAAAAGUUUGAACUUA